GUCUAACUCUAGAAUCGCACUUUCACUAUCAACUUUUGGGCGAAUGGUGUCCAGCGCAUUGAAGUGACUGUGGGGCGCUAUUGCAUAGCAAGUCAAGCCAUCUCAGGGGAAUUAGUGGGUAUCUAGUAGGGGGGCCAUGGCGGGGUAAGGUGCGAUGGAGCUUGAAUAGGUAUUCGUUGUGUGAAGCUUCCCAAGCUUCGUGUGAGCUUGCUUUGGUUACACCUUCACCGUUUCAUAUCUGCCGUUCUAAGAUUUGAGCCUUUCUUCGUGCUGUUUCUCCAUUUUUGAAAAAGCAUUGAUUUGUACAGAGAUUUAGAAAAUUGCCUGCGGAAAGAAUAACACUGAACCAAAAAAAGUUUUACUUAGUAAAGAAGUACUCGAAUUAUCAACAAUGGCCGCCGAUAUCCCUAUCAUUGACGCCCACAUCCACCUCGUCCCGGAAUCAGAGCUUGAGACGUUGGCGUGGUGGAAGCCGGACGGACCUUUACAAGGACAGCUCUCGGUUGAACAAUACAAGACUGCUACAGGAGACUCGACGCCCAAAGGCUUCAUAUUCCUAGAGACGGACCGCAAGAAUGACCUAGAAGCUGGAGAGAAAGAUGGUAGCGGCUGGAAAUAUCCCUUAAUGGAGGUUUCCUGGGUGAAGCGCAUCAUCACCGGCCAGCCGAAACCUGGCGAAGGUCACACUGCGGAAGAUGCUUCUCUAUGUACCGCCUAUAUCCCUUGGGCGCCGAUGCCGAGUGGGGCUGAAGCUAUGGAGAAAUAUAUCGACCUAGUAAAGCAGGAAGCCGGCGAGAGCUGGCCCAAGGUUAAGGGUUUUAGAUACCUACUGCAGGACAAGCCGAACGGGACCAUGUUACAAGACAAAUUUAUCGAGAGCUUGAAACUGCUGGGCCGCAAAGGCCUUGUAUUUGACUUAGGCGUCGACCAACAUAAUCGCGGCAGAGCCCAACUGGAGGAGGUCGUCGAGAUGAUUGACCGUGCGCACGAAGGCGUUCCCGAAGACCAAAGGGUCACUUUUAUAAUUAACCACAUGUGCAAGCCGGACCUCUCCAUCUACAACGUGCAAACGAGCCCGUCGUUUAUCGCCUGGCGCACGGCCAUCUUCACGCUAAGCAAGUGCAGUAAGACAUACAUGAAGCUCUCGGGCGGGUUCCCGGAGAUGCCGGACUCGCUAAAGCAGCGGUCGCCCGAGGACAUCUUUGACGCCAUUAGCCCGUGGCUGAGCGUGGUGCUUGCUGCCUUCGGCGCCUCCCGCAUCAUGUUCGCGAGCGACUGGCCCGUGUGCACCAUCGGCGUCGGCGACGACGCUUGGCAGAAGUGGAAGAAGAUCGUCGACAGACUGUGCUGGAUGGCUUCGUUCGAGGAUGAGGAGAAACGUAUGAUUUGGGGCGGCACGGCGUUGAAGGCGUACGGUAUCGAGGCGUGAUGAUGAUGAUAUUCGUGAUACGACAUAUACUUAGGUAUUUAUCUAUUUACUGAGGGGUACGGGAUGCAGGAAUGUGGAAUAUCAGGACUAUAUUUGGCUGGUCAUGCAUAUAGCAAACAAGUAUCUGAACUACCUACUCCAGGUGUGAGGUAUGCACAUCUUUCAAUAUAAUCAAAGAUUGUUAAGAGCUUCUCCUCUUGCUGUAAAUUGAUCU